AUGGCCAUCUCUCAAUCCACCGGCGAUGCCGUGAUUAACAUCGAACCCCUCCCCAAAUACCCCGAAUCAUGCCAUACCCUGCCGCCGCCAUACAAACUCGAGGAGCACCAGCCCUCCAUCUCCGAAACGCGCUCCCAGGCGCCCACGUACGCGCCCGUCGAGGCCUCGGUAAACGCAACACAAAGCACCGCUCGGACACGACCCCCUCGCCAGUCCGCGUCACAACGCAACGACGCCUGCUGCUUUUGCUGCGACAGCUUCGUGGAGUGCCUGGCGAUAUCGCUCUGGUGUUUCGCGGGCCUCGUUCUCUGUCCGAUUCUCUCGGGUGCAAAGAUUGUGCUUUUUGUGGGGGAUUUUAUCCUGUCGCUCCCUGAUGCUUGUUUGUUUGUUUUUGGGUCUUAG